AUGUCACGCAAAAACUCUUUUUUUAAAGCGGCUAAAAAGGGAUCUUUAAAAGCUUUUAAAAAAGCAACAAAAAGACUUAAAGGGGCAAAGCUCCAUAAAUUAGAUAAAAAAUUUACAAAAGGUUCUUGUGCUUAUAACAUAAAUGUAAAGGAUUCUUUUGGCUGGACGGCCUUGCACUACGCUGCUCGUUGGGGGCAUCAUGGUAUAGUUAAAGAGUUGCUGAAAAAAGAAAAUGCUUAUUGCGAUCCCAUAAACGAUUUUUUAGAGACCCCUUUACACUUAUCAGUUCUAUAUGACCAUCCGAGGAUACAACUAUUACUACUAAAGCACGGCGCCAAUCCCAAAGCAAAGGAUGCAAACGGUCUGACGCCUGAACAACUAUACACUUCCAAGUAUGAAAAGUUUGUAACUAGGCAGCCAUGGGAAAUUAAAGAACAUAAACUUGAUAGUGAAGUUUUAGAACACCACUUUCAAGAAAAAAUUUUAAAUGCGCUGGAUCAAGACAAUUAUGAUGUUUCAUGGAAGUUUACGUUUGAAGAAUACGAAGCACAAAAAAGUCUGGAGCCCGAAUCCGAUGAUCACUGGGCAGAUAGAAUGAGAGUGGAGUUUGAGCGUAAAUACUGCGCUUACACUUUGAAAAAAAAAAGUGCUGGUGUAAAAAAAGCGAAAACGGGUUGCUCUACCAACAAAAUAGAGGAAGGCCAUUGGCUUUUGUUGGAAGCUUAUAAUAAACAUAACGAUACCGAUACUAACACAAGGUGGCGUGAAGAUUACGAAAGUAAAUGGGCAAGAUGGACAGAAAGCCUUAACUCUUUACAAUGUGAAAAUGAUGGCAGACAAAAACAGCUGAAAUAUUCUGAUAUACCGUGGCCAUACUUAGACGGGGAGCUGUCGGCAGAGAAGUUGCUACUAGGCGAUAUAAAAUGUACGAACCCAGCAGUUAUAAAGAAAAAAAUAAAAAAAGAAAUUUUGCGCUGGCAUCCGGAUAAAUUUCUCACGGAAGAUCUGCUUAAAAUGUUCAAAGAGGACGAAAAGGAACUUAUUAUUGAAAAAGUGAAUCAACUGGUGCAGGACCUCAUUAACUUAAAAGCUCGCUACAGUGAAAAGUAA